UGUCCCAACAUGCUCCCUGAUAUCCAUCUCUCCCUCCUUGUAACUCUGCUGCUGCUGCUUCAAGUCCAGCAGGGCGUCACGGUGCAGGAGAUCCAAACCAGCCAUGACAACAUCCUGAAAAUCAACUCUGCAGGAGAGAUGAUGCAGUGCUCAGCAGCGAUGGACAUCCUCUUCCUCCUGGAUGGCUCGUACAGCGUGGGGAAGGGCAGCUUCGAGAGGUCCAAACACUACGCCCUCAAACUCUGCCAAGCGCUGGACAUCGCACCAGACAAGGUGCGAGUCGGGCUGAUUCAGUUCGGCUCCACUCCUCGGCUGGAGUUUUCUCUGGACUCGUACACGACCAAACAGGAGCUGAAGAAGCACAUGAAGAAGAUUUCUUACAGGGGAGGCAGCACCCAGACAGCCCUGGCUCUCAAGUACAUCCUGAGGAAGGGUUACCCCGGCGGCCGCAACUCCUCCUCCGCCGUGGCUCGUGUGGCCAUCCUCCUCUCAGACGGGAGGUCUCAAGGCAACGUGGUGCAGGCGGCUGCGCAGCUCAAAGAAACGGGCGUGGUCGUGUUCGCCGUUGGCGUGCGCUUUCCCAGGUGGGAGGAGCUACACGCUGUGGCCAGUGAGCCAAUGGAAAGCCACGUGUUCUUCGCCGAGCAUUUCUACGAUGCCGUCAACGGCCUGUACACGACCCUGAGCACGUUCUCUGUCUGCAACGCCACGCCAGCAGGCUGUCAGCUGGAGUCCUUCCCCUGCGAGAGGAAGACGCUGGAGACGGUGAAGGAGCUGAUGGGGAAUUUCAUGUGCUGGAAAGGCUCCAAGGGUUUCUCCCCCUACACGUCCCUCUGCCCCCACUACAGGUACAACAAGGCUUACAAGAGACACCAGACAGUUUGCCAUCGGACCAUCUGUCCAGAUCCCUGUGACUCUCAGCCCUGUAUGAACGGUGGAACGUGUGUAUCAGAAGGUCCAGAGGGUUACAACUGUGUGUGUCCGCCGGGAUACGGAGGAGACCCUCACUGUGCUCCUGCGAUGUCACUGGACUGCUCCGUGGACCUGCUCUUCCUGCUGGAGGGCUCUGCCACGCUCACCCUGGAGGGCUUCCUCCGCCUCAAGUCCUUCCUGAAGCGCUUCCUGCAGACGGUGAUCGGGUCCGACAGCCCCACCAAGGUCGGCCUGGCGGUGUUCGGCGGCGAGGCCCGAGUCGAAGCCCAGGUGGGGAAGUUCCGAGGGGACCUGAGGGGCCUGCUCCAGGCGGUGGACGCGCUUCAACCAAUCGGCGGUGAACCCAAAACAGGAGAGGCGCUUCAGUACGUCACACGCCACGGCUUCAUGAGCGCGCCGGUCUUCGCUGAUGUGUCGGACGACCUCCCCCGCGUGGUGGUGCUGCUCACCGCCAACCCCGCCGUGGACGACGUGGUGCAGCCGUCCAAAUACGCUCGGGACAGAGAGAUCUUUCUUAUCGGAGUGGGACCGGAGAGCUUGAAGGGACAGCUGAAUAACAUCACAGGAAAUCCCCAGAGGACUCUCACCUACACGUCACCGGACCGGUUCAACGCCAAGAUCCCGGAGCUCAAGGCCAAAAUCUGCAGUGUGGACACACAAGGUUGUCUGGGUCAAGCCGUGGACCUGGUCUUUGCCGUGGACGCCUCAGGUGGCGUCGGCCGUGAUAACUUUGCCACCCUGCGUGACUUUGUGCGCAGCAUCACCGUCCAGUUCGACAUCAACCGAGACGUGGCCCAGGUGGCGCUGGUGGCGUACGGACGCAGAGCCACCACCGUCUUCAACCUGGACGCCCACGAGACGGGCUCGGCCAUCCUCAAGGCGGUGGGCGACGCCGGCUACGUGGGCGGCCGGGCCUCCACCGGCACGGCUCUGCUCCACAUCCACUCCGACGUCCUGACCGUGGCCCGAGGCGCUCGGCCCGGGGUCAACAAGGCCGUGGUGGUGCUGACCGACGGCUCGGGCGGGAGCGACGCCUUCGUGCCGGCGCAGAAGAUACGAGACAACGGGGUUUCUCUGUUUGUGAUCGGGAUCGGGGACGUGCAGAGAGAGAAGCUGCUGCAGAUCGCCGGCUCGGAGGAUCACAUGAUCUCAGUGCCCAUGUAUGAGGAUCUCAAGUACUUUGAGGACGUUCUGGUGCAGAUGCUGUGUUCGGAGGUGAAGAAGCCGGUGAACCUGUGCAUCCCGAACCCGUGUAUGAAUGACGGGAUCUGCGCCAUGUUAGGAGGAAGCUUCCGGUGUCAGUGCUCAGGCUUCGAGGGACCACACUGUGAAACAAACCUCCCGAGGCCUUCAUCCAGAGGAGACCUCCCGAGGCCUGCAGGUCUUCGGAGGAGGAGCCGUCAGAGGAAGAGCCACCAGGAGCUGCUGCAUCACUACAAGCUGCACCGCCGGAGACACGCCGCCUGA